CGCGGAGCGCCCGCCGGAGGAGCUGGAACGGCUGAGCACGAGGAUCAGUUGUUCCGCUCCGUGGAGGGCCAGGCUGCCUCUGAUGAGGAGGAGGAGGAGAAGUGGGCAGGAGACCAAACCCCCCAGCGGGGCCACAGGAAGAAAACGCUGGCCAAGCUCCCUUGCUGUAGCAGUGGGUGUGAUGGAAAGAGCUGGAAGAAGCUGAUGCCUUACCUGGAGAGCAGCAGCACUGCUGGCUGUGAGGCAGCCCCUGCAGAGCCCCCCGAGGGGCUCCCUCAGCUCCCGGGGCAGCUGGAGCCCGGGGACCACGGGGGGAAAAACCUGGAACCACACAUGGAAGAGGUGAAAGUCCCAGUGCUGGGGGAGCUGCAGCAGAAGGUGGAGGAAGCCGAGCUGUUGAAGAUGGAGCUGCAGAUGCUGGAGACGGAGAGAGUGAGGCUGUCGCUGGUGGAAGAAAAGCUCCUGGAUGUUUUACAGCUUCUUCAACAACUCCGAGACUUGAACAUCUCCAAGAGAGCCCUGGGGAAAAUCCUGCUGAGCACUCUGGAAUCCUGCCGUGCCCCCCAGCCUGGCAAAGCCCACCUGUUUGAAGUCCUGGAUACCCUGCAGCAGGAGCUGGCAGGCUGUGAACUCCUCCACCAGGAGCCCCUGGAGCAGGGGCAGAGCCCCCAGUCCCUGUCCAACCCCCUGGUGAUCUCGUGCUGAGCCGCAGCACCAGCGACUGCACUGCCCAACAUCGCCCUGGGCAUCGCACAGGGGUGGGCACAGCGCCCAGCUCAGCCACCCCCAUGCUGCCCAAGGGCACCUGAGGGGUCCAGCUCUGCCAUCCGAGCUGUGGUGCCCCGGGAAGGACAGCAGAUCCUCUGGGAAGGGCAGCAGAUCCUUGGCUGGUUCCCAGCCCUGUCUCAGGGAGGGGUCAGUCCUGUCUCCCUGGAACAUCCCCAUCCCUGGAGGUGGCUCUGGGACUGUCCUGGUUCACCACAAGAAACUGUUCCAGCCACACUCACCUGCCCACUGAGCUCUGCAGCCCUGUGAGCUGGGCACAGUUGUUAGCUCUGGUGCCAGCCUGUGUUAUCCCUGGUGAGGAAACAGCUUCCUGAAGGUACAGCUGACGGUGACUGUGGGACAAACACACACAGCUGGGUGUGCCAGCAGGGCAGCUUUUAAAGGCUUUGUAUUUCUGAUUCAAUUAUUCACCUUAUUUAACUCUGAAGUUUGAUUUGUUAUUGCUCUGCUGCAUUUUAUAUUUGCAAUUACAGGGAUGCCUUAGAAAUCUGCAGCAGUCUCUCCUGACAGCAGUCAGGCUUUACAUAAAAAAUCAAAUUUAACUGCUUGAAAAAUGUCCAAAGCAAUCUUGUUCCCAGGCUCUCAGAGAAAGGAAGGGUUGGAAAAUUCUCUGUGCAAAGCCGUUGUUGUCACGAUGGCAAACGACACGUGCAGGGCACAACUUGGUUCUCAGGUUUAAUUUCUCUCAAUGCCACUGAGCAGACACAAAGCCAGACCCCACAAGCAGGAAGAUUAGUUUCGAAAGCUGGGCCUAAUUACAGUGCCACACAAUAAUUUAACCAGCAAUAAAACAAUUCCUGGGGACAAAAGUACAAAAAUAGGUUGAUUCCAAGAUGCUUUCGCUGUUUCAUUCAGCUGGCAAACACAGAAAUGGAAGCAGCAGAGUUCCUAAGUGAUCCCACUGAAUUUAUGUUAUUAAAGGAUACACUGUAGAUUGUUUAAGAAUGUGGAAUGAUUUGCCUGAGAGAAUGCCACCCAGGAAAUUAGACCAUUCAACUGUG